UCGCCACCCAUCCCCCAAAGAUUAGGAUUAUUUGGCUGCACUAGAGUCCUUUAUAAAGUAGAAAAACUGGAAAACAUGCAAUAUGCAAUAUGCAAUAGGCUAAUACCGGGAAAGAUGGAUCAUCUCCGUUUUCGCUCAAUUUGCUCUUUGUGGCGAUCCUCUACUCUUCCUCUCCUCAAACCUCCACUUCCUUCUUUGCCUACUCUUCCUGAUCCUUUUUACCCGAAAACAAGAAAGAAGCCUUACUUCGUCGAAAAAACUGUCUACCUUCUCCAGAUUCAGGAGGAUUUAUGGAACUUGCCGCUAAUGAAGGGAUUUAAACGAAGCUUCCUCAUCGAGGUUAGUAAACCAUUAUCCGGGGACAAACUUCGCCUUGAGAGUCUUCUUUCCCAUGCUCCAUUGGAAAACAGAGCAAAAUCAUCUCAGUCCAGAGGCAGUGUACUGAAUUUGUGGAAUCUUCGAGUUAUUGAAUUGUGUAAGGUGUUUUAUACGCCUAAAAGAGAGAGCGGGAUAUCUGCGUUGCAGAUCAGUAGGGCUGGCAGAGAAUUGGCGGCAAUGGCUAUUGAUGAUGAUAUGCAACUCUAUCAUUAUAAAUCAGGAGAAAAAAAGUGGACCAAAAACGACUUAUGCUGUGAUUGGCAUGAUAUUAUCAACUACCAGGGACAGUUUUGUGCCGUUGACAUUGAAGGAAGGACACUACUUUUUGACUCAUCAUCGUUUGCAGAGACAGAAAUUUCACCUCCGAUGGUUGAUAAUCCGAGCAAGUUCGUUAGCUGGAAAGUGCUAGUAGAAUCAUGUGGGGAGCUGUUUCUGGUUGAGCUCUACGAGAAGAAGACUAAAGUUUACAGGUUAAACAUGGAAGAAAGUGCUUGGAUUCAAGUGGAAAAUUUGGGCGAUCGGAUAUUUUUCAUUGGUAAAAAUUGCUCCUUCUCUCUUUCUGCUCAAGAAUUUCCAGGAUGUAAAGGUAAUUGUGUUUACUUCAAUAGAGGUGAAGGAAAAGAAUAUGAUGAGCGCUUGAGAUUUUGGGGACCCAAGACUGAAGUUUAUGACCUCGAGACCAGAAGAUUUGGGGGAAUAACGUCCUUUCCCGAGCAUCUUGAGAUAUUCUGGCCUCCACCUAAAUGGCUUGAGCACCCUAGUCUCCUCAGUUUAGGACAAUAAUUUGAAGCCACAAGCCUUGGUCUAUUGGUAAGAGUUCAACACGUGAGGGGUGGAUCAAACGCAUGUCACAUGUUCAAAACUUGUGCUCUACACAAAGCCUGGUAUUUAAGUAGAGGACAGAAGGGCAUACCCUCUGUCUUCCUAGCUAUGUUAGUGUUUUUCAGUUAGAUCUAUGCUUCUAUAUGUUCAAUGCCUUGAUAUUUUCCUGAAAGUUAAUAUUCUCUCAGAGUUUAAACUAAUUUGUUUGUACCUUUUCAUUGAUUAUGUCUAAACCCAUUAUUAAAUUUAAGUAAAUUAUGAGACUCCACAUAUAUUGCCUUAAAAUCCUGGAUUUUGCCUUUCACUGGCAACAACUAUGGUCUUGCUAUUCACUUUAUGUUGCUUUGUCAUAGAUGAGAUGCACAAAAGAGCAAACAUGUUAACCCAAAAGAGAAGUUAAAAAAAAAAAACGUUAAGAACCAAACUUGAGGUUACAAGAACUCACUAAAGGACCCUUGGGAACAACGCCUAUUACUUACACAACGUCUAAAAGGAACAUGGUAAAUCACAAAGCUCUGCUUGGCUUUGUAGGUCUAGUAACAUAUAUAAUGGGUGGAAGCUGCGAUAUUCAGCACUUUACACUAAGCAA